AUGGGGGAUCUGCAAUUAGAUAGUAUAUUUGGUAGAUCGCCCUCACCACCACCAGCAGCGCCACCAAAGUACGAGAGCUACACUUACAAAGGACGAGAAUUGAAGAUACGGUUAGAAUCAUUUCAUCCAUUGUGGGCGCAUUAUCUCUGGAAUGCAAGUAGAGUAUUCUGUAACUAUCUAAUCAACAACAAUCUGUGUAAAGGAAAGAGCGUAUGCGAGUUGGGUGCAGGAGCCGGACUUCCGUCGCUAGUCUCAGCGUUGGAAGGAGCAGAUAAGACGGUGGUUACAGACUACCCAGAUGAGCCGCUUUUGAACAACCUCCGAAUCAACGUCGGUGAAUGCUUAGAAGAAAACGCUCAGAACAAGAUAAAGGUUGAGGGAUUUGUUUGGGGUUCUGAUAUAGCAAAUCUCCUUGCAGCCAACAACGGCAACAAAUUUGACAUUCUUAUUCUGUCUGAUUUGGUGUUUAACCAUUCUCAGCACAACUCGCUGCUGAAAAGUUGUAAGGGAUUGAUAGCCCAAGGUGGACAGUGUCUCGUCUUUUUCAGUCACCACCGCCCACAUAAGGCUAAAGAGGAUAUGGGAUUCUUCGAUAAAGCUGCAGAAGAAGGCUGGAUUGUCGAGCGUGUAGUGGAAGAGCGUGUUGGCGUCAUGUUCGAAGAAGACACUGGAGAUGAAGGUGUCCGAGCCACAGUGCAUGGAUUUAAGCUUACAUUGUAG